AAUAACUUUAUAACUUGAGGUAAACAAUUUAGACCAGCUACAUGUACAAUGUCCUUCUCCGGUUUCCAGAAUGCAUCUGCUAUUCACUGACACGAUAUAGAACUCUACCUCUACGUCACAGAGGUUCUUCAAGUUGGAAGUUCGGUUCCCCGAGCUUUACAACAGGCUAUUAAAAUUAAAUAGUGUUCUCUCUCUGAACCUCAUUCAGCCCCCAGCUGUCGACACUCGCCUGCUAUCGUGUUAAAAUGCAGAUUCUCUUCCGAAACACGGUUCUUCCUAUAUCAACCGCGUCACAUCGUAGAUCUAUCACCAUCGCAUUGAUCACUGUGUCGUGUGUGUGUUAUUUUAUGACUCUUGGUCCUCAAGGCGCCUACUUGUCUUCCAAGAUUUUGUCCACAGAACAGUCAAUAUACAAGGAUUCCACAGGUGUUUUGGGUGUCGAACAGAUGGACGAGGCCCUACUCGAUUUAGCGCCUUCCGCAGAGAGUAAACCAUCACACUCCUUUGGAAAUAUCAUUCCACACGACCCUUCCACUUCUCACCGAGCCAAUGCUACGUUGUUGAUGCUGGCCCGUAACAGUGAUCUCGAUGGCGUGAUAUCCAGUGUAGAACAGUUGGAGGCAAAAUUCAAUCGCAAAUUCAACUAUCCUUGGGUGUUUUUGAACGACGAACCCUUCUCUUACGAGUUCAAAAGGCGUGUUAAAGUAUUGACUAACGGCGAUGUAUCAUUUGGGCUCAUCCCUCACGAAACUUGGGUGCAACCACCCUGGAUAGAUGAAGAACGAGCUGAGAGGGGACGCAAUAUGCUAACACAGGAUGACGUCAUUUAUGGCGACAGUGUUUCUUACCGUAAUAUGUGUCGGUUUAACUCAGGGUUCUUUUUCCGCCAUGAGCUCUUAACGCCAUACAAGUGGUACUGGAGAGUAGAACCCGACGUGAGAUUUUACUGUGACCUUGAAUAUGACCCUUUUGUAUUCAUGGAAGAUCAUGACAAAAUUUAUGGCUUCACCAUUUCAAUGCCAGAAUGGGAAUCAACUAUAAUCUCGCUGUGGUCCGUGGUGAAAGAAUUCAUUUUGGACCACCCUGAAUACGUGUCACCAAACAACUCAAUGGGUUUUAUAUCCGACGAUGCGGGCGAUUCUUACAACAUGUGUCACUGUAAGAACUGUUCAAUAUCAUGUUGGGAAAAGUCACUUCUGCCCCUCACUCAGUUUGGUCAAACUUUGAAAUUGCCGAUAUGGACUUCUGGAGGGGCGAAGCUUACACAAAAUUCUUUAACUAUCUCGAGAAUACAGGAGGGUUUUACUAUGAGGCAAGUUAAAUAUCUUUCCUGUUCGUGUCAUCCUGACCGUACACAGAGAUGGGGAGAUGCACCUGUUCAUAGCAUCGCCGCAGCCUUGUUCACACGCAAGGAUCAACUGCAUUUCUUCAAAGAUAUAGGUUAUAAACACGCUGAAUUUGCUCACUGUCCCCAGGGCAGACAAUGGCGGGAAGGACACUGCUCGUGCAAUCCAAACGAUAGCUUCGACUUUGCGGAAAAUUCGUGUCUGAGGCAUUUCAUGCGGUUGGACGACGAUUGGAUGUUCGGUUGAUUGAAGGCAGACGCCACGAUGUAUUUCUACCAUACGUUACUCUAGCAAGAUAAUUUAUUCAAGUUGUUUGACUAUUAACUGUCUCGUCUUUAUUGCUAUUUAGUCUCCUUAAUUUCUCGAUGAAAUAUGCAUCCUGCGAUGGCCGACAGGAUACACAUGGGCAAUCCUUUUCAGCUGCUUUCAUAUCGGAAUGAUUUCUUUGUUUUGUC